UACAUUCUGAGAUUCAUCUCAAAAACGCAUAAACAGUUUCAAAUUUCCUCAGAAAAAAAUGCCAGGCCUUACUAUAGGAGACACUAUCCCUGAUCUUCAAGUUGAUACCACACAAGGCAAAAUCAAGCUUCACCAGUUCUGUUCUGAUACAUGGACCAUUCUCUUCUCUCAUCCUGGUGAUUUCACCCCAGUUUGCACCACUGAGCUUGGUAAGAUUGCUCAGUAUGCUUCUGAGUUCAACAAACGAAAGGUUUUACUAUUAGGUUUGUCUUGUGAUGACUUAGAAUCACACAAGGAGUGGAUCAAAGACAUUGAAGCACACACUCCAGGUGCGAAGGUGAACUAUCCAAUAAUUUCUGAUCCGAAAAGAGAAAUCAUCAAGCAACUCAACAUGGUUGAUCCUGAUGAGAAAGAUUCGAAAGGGAAUUUACCAUCAAGGGCUCUUCAUAUUGUUGGGCCUGAUAAGAAGAUUAAGUUGAGUUUUAUGUACCCUUCAUCAACUGGGAGGAACGUGGAUGAAGUGCUGAGGGUGGUGGAUUCAUUGCAGAAGGCAUCCAAGUUCAAGAUUGCAACUCCUGCUAACUGGAAGGUUGGGGACCCUGUUGUGAUUUCGCCUGAUGUGACUAAUGAACAAGCUAAGGAUAUGUUUCCUCAAGGUUUUGAGACUGCUGAUCUUCCAUCAAAAAAGGAGUAUCUUAGGUUCACCAAUGUUUGAUGUGGUUGGAUGCCACAUGAAGUGAAGCAUAUAAAUAUAAUAGAACCCUUCUUAUAAUGUUAUCUAUCCUAUGAAACUAUAGAAGCCUAUAGUUCUCUUAUAUCUUUUGUAUUGGCUUCUUGUUUUGUUAAAUAGUUACCUAUAGACAAGUAUAAGCAAAGUUUAUGUAUCUUUUUGUUCACUGUGGAAUCUAUGUUGAAAAUCCUUAACUAUGUAAGUUUUAAUUUUAA